ACGCGACCCUCGAAUGACGUUGCAACAUUUCAAACGUAAUUUGCCUUUCAAGCAGUUGCGGCGUGAAAUGUUUCAGCAAUCUUCACAGUAUUCUUAGCUCACGAAAAAUACUAACAGGAGCCGUUUUGCAGUAUUGUGGUACUUGUGCUCGUGUUUUGUCGUGUUUUGCCCGUUUUUUUGGAUGUGUUAAAAUUGACUGAAAACAUGGAUCGUUGGAAUACUUUCUUUAACGCCCCGUACUGCACCGAAUACGAUGAGGAUAUACUGGAAACGCUGAAAGAAUGCGAAUCCCGCAGAAUGAACGUACACUUCAUCUCGCCCCAGCUGGAGCACCGACGGUCCUCCGUUCAGCUUAUUCUGAACGUUUGCAAGCAGCAGUCCUACCGUCGAGCGACCGUUCACCUCGCAAUCUAUCUGCUCGACGUGUUUAUGAGCAACCACACGAUCGCGGUCGGUCGCCUCAAACUGGUAGCCCUCACGUGCCUGUAUCUGGCGUGCAAGAUUGAGGAAAACGAUUCCAGCGUACCGUCGCCGACCCGGCUGAACGGGUUUCUGGCCAACGUGUACCGACCGGCCGAUUUCAUCGCGCUGGAGGUGGCAAUCCUGUGCUUCUUCGACUGGCACAUAACCAUCCCAACUGCGUCCACCUUUCUGGACAUCUUCGCGAUGCAUUCCUUCGUUCAGCAGGAUUGGGAUGCCGUCUCGCCACCAUGGAACGGGUGCGACUCUAUGGCCCUGCUAAUGCAACACAUCAACGAGACAAGCUCCACAAUUCUCGAAGCCACCUUGCAGCACUUGAAGCUUUCCAUUGUUAAACCGUCACUGCUUGCUGCCGGUUGCAUUGCGGCGGCCCGCUGUCUCACGCCCCGUGUGUCCGUUUGGAGCGACCGGUUGACCAGUGCUACCGGGUAUGAGUACAGCCAGAUCCACGAGGUAUGCCAGAUGCUACUGUUUGAGGCGAUGCCCCAAUCGCCUCGAUCGUCUCGGUCGUCUUUGAGUUCCUCCACCCCCAAACGUUCGACCAGUGAUGCAGGCUAUCUGUCGGAAUGGUGGGAAUCGGAAAAUGAAGAUGAAAAUGGGACCAUUAGCAGCUGCGUCAGUAGCAACAGCAGUAGUAGUAGUAGCAGUAGUAGCCAAGAUAGUAGUGAUACGCAAAGCUGUAGCGGAAGUGCUGGCAGCACAUACCGGACGACCUGUCUUCGGUCCGAGCUGGUUCUCAGUGACACGGGCGAGAGUGCCCCAAAGAAGCGUAAAAUGGCGGAUACAGAAAAAUAG